AACCCCUGCGCUUCCCAUGGCCKGAGAGCGCGGCUGCUCCGCAGCAGCUCUGUGUCCGCUCGGCGGCUGGGGCGGAGAGAGGGAGGGCACGGCUCGUCUCCCUCGCCCUGCUCGGCUUCGGCUUCUGCUUCUUCUUCUCCUCCUCCUCCUCCUCCUCUUGGUGCCCGCCCUCCGUUCCUCCUUCCCUCCCUGCCGCGCCGGCGAARCCGCGAGAGCGACGCCCGCCCCGCCAGGGCGAGGGAAGGAGGCGCAGCCCGCGGGCAGGAAGCUGGAUGAGGGCGUGUGUGCGGGCAAGGCAGCCCCUCGGGCAUGAAGGGGACCGCAGGGACGCUGCCCUGCCCUGCCGCCGWGCGGGGACAUCAGGAAGACAGCUGCCUUCAGAAGAUACAGAACUCACCGACGUUUGCUCUUGCUUCAGUUGUACUUCAUGAGAACUUCAGGAGUUACUAACUGAGCAGAUGGUACGUGAACAAUAUACUACAACAACACCAGGCACUUGCCUAGAGAGGCCGAAGAAUGAAUAUAUCUACAAAAUUGGAAUUUACGGCUGGAGAAAGCGUUGCCUCUACCUGUUUGUUCUCCACCUGCUUAUCAUCCUGGUUGUGAAUUUUUCUUUGACUAUUUGGAUUCUCAAAGUGAUGUGGUUUUCCCCAACUGGAAUGGGACACCUGCGUGUUACAAAAGAAGGCCUUCGACUGGAAGGGGAAUCUGAGUUCUUAUUCCCUCUUUAUGCCAAAGAAAUCCAUUCUAGAAUGGACUCAUCACUGCUUCUCCAGUCUACUCACAAUGUGACUGUGAAUGCUCGCAAUUCAAAUGGGGAAGUCACAGGCAGAUUAAAUGUGGGUCCUAAAAUGGUAGAAUUCCACAGUCAGCAAUUUCAGAUCAACUCAAAGGAUGGAAAGCCACUUUUUACAGUGGAUGAAAAUGAAGUUGUAAUUGGCACAGAUAAGCUUCGAGUCACAGGGCCUGAAGGAGCACUUUUUGAACACUCUGUGGAAACACCACUUGUAAAAGCAGAAGCUUUCAAACAGCUUAGGCUGGAAUCACCAACUCGAUCUUUGAGCAUGGAUGCACCACGAGGAAUUAACAUCAAAGCACAAGCUGGGAAUAUUGAAGCUCUUUCCCAGAUGGAUAUCAAACUACACAGCAGUGAUGGUGUGCUUUUGCUCGAUGCUGAAACUGUGCGCCUGCCUAAGUUGCCYGAGGGUGUGAGGGGUGGAUCCGGGAUUUCUCAGGGGCUCUAUGAAAUCUGCGUGUGUCCAGAUGGAAAGCUCUACUUGUCAGUGGCCGGCGUGGGCUCCACUUGCCAGGAGUACAGCCGGGUGUGCCAGUGAGGCACCUGGAAAGGCCGCACACCCGCUUGCGCAGCAGAAUUUGUAUUACUGCUAAAGAGCAUUGCCGAAAGCAUAGUCUUCAGAAUUUUAAAARCAAAGUACUCCAAUUUAGGAAACGAAUCAGCAUCUACAGUUCUGGACUACAGGGUGUACGGGGAAGAAGAGCACAAAUGAUAUUUCAGAAAAAUGACUUGAAUCAAAUUACGUGUUUUGUCAGCAACACUUGGAAAACAGCCUUACAGAAAGCAUAAAAAUAAUAAAACAAAUAUGUUUCCUUGCUGAACUAUUAUUCAGUCAGAUGAUUAUGUCGUUGUUGAUAUUUUUGAGAUCCGUGGGUUUUUUCUCUUACUACGUGUAAACACUUACUGUAUUAGUGGGUGAAAUUAAAUUGAGGGAACUACUUGAAUUAUUUGUAAGACAAAGCAUUACUUGGAGAAUUCAGAAAGUGCCAGCAAAUGGUCUAUGCAAUUUUGUUAUUGCAAUAACACAAGAUAAAAAAAUGCGGUAUUUGUAUAAGUUCUGUGUAAAAGGUCUUAAUUUGCUAAUUGUUUUCUAUUUUAAUUUGGCAACAUAUAUGCUGGUUUGCUUAUUACUGAGAUUCAUAUAAAARUAACUAAUGCAAAAAGCUCCAGAAGUCAUUAAGCCCUCCCUGUCUCUUAAAUCCAUUCACUAUACAACAGAGAAAUAUGUUAGUAUAUUUUAUAAUAGCAAUUGUUUGUUUUACUGCCUGCAUUCAUUUAAAUCCUUUUUUAAUUUAGGACAUGCUAAUUCAACAAGGCAAUCUGUUCUGCCAGCUGGACUAGUAAAAAGAAAAAAAAAAUCUGUCUUCAGA